CUUCACGUUCUUGACUUUUGCUAAAUCACACCCCUUUGUCUUCUUGUAUGAUUAUUCUUGCACUAGUUUUUUUUCCGGUGCUUUUGGCAUUUGCCUGGGCCAAGGAGUCCGCAUGGAACGGUCAGACUCCUUCAGGGACAGACACACCAGGUCCAUUCCGACCCUAUUACGUCCCGCCAGGAGCAAAAAGUUAUGAUUCAUCGUCUCCGCUCAUUCACUUUACUGGCUCUUGGGUUGACUCAUUCAAUAACAUGUACGUCGCGACGACCCUGCGUUGGACCGACGAGAAAGGAGCUGCUGCCCGGAUGACGUUCGUGGGCACUGGUAUCGAGUGGUUUGGUGGUCUGGACAGGAGUCAUGGAAUCGCCGCGGUGUUCAUUGACGGGAAAAAAGUGCAGGAGAUCGAUACCUGGAGCAACGUGUCGCGUAAACAGCAACGGAUCUUCUGGACUUUUAAUCUGCCGUAUGGGAAACACACCAUCAAGGUCAGAAACCUUGGGCAGGGACGAGUUGACAGCCCUGUCAUCGAUAUAGAUGCCUUUGUUGUCACAGAAGGUCAUACAAUCCUUCCUCAAACCCUUGACCUGUCAAACGCAGCGCCUCAGCCAGGGGAGUUCCAGUCCUUCACUUCGCAAACUCAAUGGACACUGCAACAAAAGGGCGUAACCGGCGUAUCUGCCAUGCAGCUUACCGUGAUCUCCGAUACUCACGUUCUUAUCAUCGAUAAAGUUGAACAUAAUCCCUUGUCAAUUGGGGGUCACCCAGCAUGGGCUGCCUUGUUCAACCUCCGGACGCAUGCCGUUAGGCCCCUCAAGGUUGAAUCCAACUCCUUUUGUGCCGGCGGGACUUUUCUGAGCAACGGAACUCUAAUAAAUGUUGGAGGUAACCCUGUGGUCGGCGGGUACACGUCUGCAGCAGACUUCGGAGACCUCGAUGGCUUGCAGGCAGUCCGCAUCUUCGAGCCUUGCCCAUCUGCCUCCGCCGCUCAUUGCAACAUCUACGAGAAUCACUCUCGUAUCCGCAUGGCUAGCCCCCGCUGGUAUAACACAGUCAUCCGAAUCUCAGACGGAAGCGCUAUGAUCGUUGGCGGAUCAAAGAAGGGUGGGUGGAUGAACAACGAGACAGUGAAUAACCCUACUAUCGAAUACUGGCCCCCAAAGUCCAUCCACAACUCGAUGGGCUUGCCUAUACAUCUACCGUUCCUCGUCCGCACCCUCAACGCCAACCUUUUCCCUAUCGUAUUCACACUUCCGGACGAUAGGAUCUUCAUGGCCGCUAACCAAGACGCUAUAAUAUAUGACUGGCGGACGAAUCAGGAACGACCCCUUCCGCGAAUCCCUAACGAAUGCCGAGUUACGUAUCCUAUGGCAGCCGCUGGCCUCCUCCUUCCUUUAUCUCCCGAAGACGGUUACACUGCAGAGAUCUUGUUAUGCGGAGGUUCCACGAUCGACGACAAGAAACCAGGUUACGAGAUAUCUUCUCAAGAUUCAGCAUCUUCCCAGUGCUCUCGCCUGGUGCUUACCGACCAAGGAAUUGCUGCAGGGUGGGCGGUCGAACAGAUGCCCGAGGCGCGUCACAUGCCAGAUGCAGUCUUGCUCCCAACUGGCGAGGUUUUGAUCGUCAAUGGCGCGGGAACUGGAAUCUCAGGCUACGGCAACGUUAUCAAUCAGGUUGGGCAGUCGAACGCAGACCAUCCGGUCCUUACGCCGGUUUUAUAUGACCCCACCGCCUCAGCUGGGCAACGCUUUUCCUCAGAGGGAAUGAGAAGUAGUGAGAUUCCGAGGAUGUACCAUUCGGUUGCGACACUGACACCAAAUGGCGACAUCAUGGUGGCCGGGAGCAACCCGAACUUGGAUCGGAGUGAGGUGAAGUAUGGGACGGAGUAUAGAGUUGAGUGGGUCGGUCCUCCAUACAUGAACAAGAACAGACCGCUCGUACACAAGCCCCCUAAGGCUCUCCUGUAUGGACAGAACCUCACUCUAAGUGUCAAAUUCCCAUCUUCCACAGCAAAGGCCCGCAAUAUUAAAGUUGCACUUAUGGAUCUUGGCUUUGUAACCCAUGCUGUUCACGCAAAUAGCCGCCUGGUGUAUCUGAGCUCUUCACUCGUCAGUGAUGGACAUUCACUACAGAUUACUGGUCCGCCUCGACCUGCAGUGUAUCCACCAGGACCAGGUUGGAUAUACGUUAUCGUGGACAACGUCCCCAGCGUCGGGUUUCAGGUGAUGGUAGGGAAUGGUGAUGGGCCCCCUGUGGACCACACUGCCUGGGAUAAUUUGCUGAAAAUGACCGCGGUGGGCCAGUACGAAGCAUCAAAG